GGCCCCUGGAUGUGUCCGAAAAUCAAUUUUCUCCAUGAAAAAAUCAGGCCCAGACAUGCGCCUAGUUCAUUUAAGCUGCUGCUUCUCUAAUCAGUGAUCACGCUACCUCUCUGCAAACACAACAAUGGCUGAGGCUGCAACACCGGUUGUCCCAAGUGUUGAGUUGCUGGAAUGGCCGAAGAAAGAUAAGCACCGAUUCUUGCAUGCUGUGUAUCGAGUGGGAGACCUUAAUCGCAGCAUCAAGUUUUACACUGAAUGUUUUGGGAUGAAGCUAUUGAGGACGAGGGACAUUCCAGAAGAAAAAUAUUCAAAUGCUUUUCUUGGGUUUGGCCCAGAAGACUCUCACUUUGUGGUGGAAUUGACAUACAACAUGUGCACGCACAGAUGCACUAGAUGCUUACCCAUCCAAUCAAUCAGAAAGGACUAUGGCGUUGAUAAAUAUGACAUUGGAACUGGAUUUGGACAUUUUGCCAUUGCCACCCAAGAUGUUUACAAACUGGUUGAAGACAUAAAGUCCAAGGGCGGAACAGUCACACGUGAGCCAGGUCCAGUUAAAGGUGGAUCAUCUGUCAUUGCAUUUGUUAAGGAUCCUGAUGGCUACCUUUUUGAACUUAUUCAACGCGGUCCAACUCCUGAACCACUCUGUCAAGUGAUGCUUCGUGUAGGUGACCUUGAUCGUUCUAUCAAAUUUUAUGAGAAGGCAUUGGGGAUGAAACUCUUGAAGAAAACUGACAGACCAGAACAAAAGUACACCAUAGCAAUGAUGGGAUAUGCUGAUGAAUAUGAGACAACUGUCCUUGAGUUGACAUACAAUUACGGCGUGACUGAAUAUACCAAAGGAAAUGCAUAUGCACAGGUUGCAAUCAGUACUGAGGAUGUAUAUAAAAGUGCUGAGGUUGUCAAUCUUGUAACCCAAGAGCUUGGAGGAAAGAUAACUCGGCAACCAGGACCAAUUCCUGGACUCAACACUAAGGUCACUUCUUUCCUGGAUCCAGAUGGGUGGAAAACAGUUCUGGUGGAUCACGCAGAUUUUCUGAAGGAAUUGGAGAGCGAAGAGUAACGAACAAGCGCACAAGAUGGUGAUGUGCUGAAGGUAUUAGGUUUCAUUUCUGGGGUAACAGUUCAACUAUGGUAAAUAAAUUUCCCCAGGCUGUAGUAUCUGUCAGUAGAGUUUUAUUACAGUCCGAAUGCACUAUUUACUGUCUUGAGUACUCAGCGUGCUGUUCUCUGAUGUAUUUUACUGCAUUAUCAAUAAGUACUUGUAAACUUUUCUCUGAGAUUUAAUCAAGUCAGAAUGCAGCAUUGUGUUUUAACUA